AUGCCACCCCACUCAACAAUCCACACCACCAUCGCCAACCUAACCACCGGUCCCCCUCUCGUCAUCGCUAUCAUAGGCGGAACCUCAGGCAUCGGAUCCUACAUCGUCAAAGCCUUGGCCUCCGUUUACCGCAACUCAAAAUCCAAACUACGCAUCUACAUCGUCGGCCGCAACGCCUCGCGCGCAGAAGCUCUGCUUGCAGAAGUGCGCGCCACAAGCCCAGGUUCAGAAUGGCGAUUCAUACAAGCCCAUGACCUGGCGCUGAUGAGCGAUGUCGACGCCAUAUGUGCGCAAAUCAAGAAGCAUGAAGAAGAGCAGCCAUUGAACGGGGGAGAACCGCGGAUAGACAUGCUAUACAUGACCCAAGCAGAGUCACCACUUGCGCCAUCACCGCCAACAAAAGAAGGCCUCGAUACCCAAGUCACCCUCCUAUACUACUCCCGCAUCCGCUUCAUCCUCGCCCUUACACCCCUACUCCUCCGCUCCCAAAACCCAAGCGGCGCCCACGUCAUCUCCGUCUUCGCAGGCACAAUCGAAGACUCCAUCUCCCCCUCUGCCCUUCCUGUUGGCCCACCUUCGCCGGAAAAGCACGGCGUCACACCAGUUCGCACGCACGUCGCUUUCAUGAAGACAUUUAUGUUUGAGGCCCUAGCCGAAGAACACGCUGGCAAGAUCGCUUUUAUCCAUGUCUACCCCGGCUUAGUUGACGGUCCAACGUUCCUUAGCAAGGUGAAUCCGCUAUGGUUUCGCGUGCUGUGGCGCGUAGCUAAGGUGUUGAUGGCAUGGUAUAUGACGAGUCCAAGGGUAUGUGGUGAGGUCAUGGUGUCUCUGGGCAUGGGCAGGUAUCCCGCGAGGGGCGCGGGCGUGGGGGUCAAAGAUGGCGAGGAAGGCAAGACGGUGGCUGAUGUGGCGUUUAGUAGUACAAGGGAGAGGGGAGGUGGUGCAUAUGCGGUGGGGCAGAGGGGUGAUGAGAAAAAGCAAGUCAGUUAUGCCAAGCUGAGGCAGAGUGACACGAGGGACAGGGUUUGGAAACAUACCAUGGGUGUGUUGGGGAGUGUUCCGGGGUUGAGUGAGUAG